CUAACUCCUUUUCUUUCUUUACUUAAUCUUUUAUGAUCUAACCUGUCAGUAGUGUCUUCUGAUUCCCACAUAUUACAACUGGCAGUGAUCUUAUUCAGCCUUCCCCCUUCUCCUGUUCCUGUCUCCUCUCACUUUUACUGGUAUUCUUCCUCUCUGCCAGAAUGUAUCACCAUUAUAUGUUUUCCACCCAUGUUCUCUCCCUUGUUUUACUCCUGGCUCUGCAAUUAAACAUAUUAAGUACUGGUUAUUUUGCUGAAGUUUCCUCUAUGAUCACUUAAGGUUGGAUGAAGUCUACUCUCCAGUGUAUUCUUCAGGAAGAGCAUUAGCACACUGUUCCAUGGAUAGCUUGGAUGGAUAUUAAAUAUGUGACUGGCACUUUCUUUCCUUGAGUCCAUGAAAAUGCUGCUUCACUCCUGCCUGACCUUUUCUGUGGCUGUGAGAAGCCUGAUACUCUGCCUGAUUUUCUUUCCUUGUUUUGUGGAAGGUAGUACUUGCAAGGGAUGAAACUGGAUAUUUUACUGAGGAGAUUUCUAAGCAAAAUGUUGAAGAAGUGACUUGGUUCCUCCCAGUUGCUUGUAGUAAAAUGCAAGAAGAGAGAAAUGAAUUGAAAAAGGAAUUGUUGAGCAAAAAUGAACCAGAGUUUAAAGAUUUGGAAAAUUUUCUGUCUGUUCAUAUGACGAAAAAUGAGAAAGUGUGUACUGAAGAGAACACUAAGGGUGUGGUGGACCAACCAUUUCAUAAAGAGAUUAGUGUGGCUGUGUACCAUGAACUUAAUCAGCCAUUUCAACAGAGGCCGGGAAUACAGAUGGGAUUACACCUGCAGAGACACUGCUGGCUGGGACUAAAAAAAACAGAACAUGGGAUGGAAUGAAGGAAGGCCGUGACUUUGUGCUAUCAUCUAGUAAAAGGGAUGAAGGGCCCCGAGGCAAUUUGGAGGUCCUCUGCCUCCAAUUUGAAGGACCAUUGCCUUGGUUUCAAUAGUCCAGACAGCUUCCAACCAAAGAUGUGGAGGCACAAUCUUUGCCUGGUAGAGAAGCUAGGGGUGCAACUUCUGGCCAGGAGAGCUGCUGGGGUGGGACCUUUACCCUAGUGGCUCCAGAAGGCAGGGCAUGAAACCAAGGAUUACUCCCAAGCCUUAAGAUUUCAUGGAGUUUGCUUUGUAGUUUGGACUUGCUUGGGACUGGGUCACCCCUUCCUUCUGUGUUUCUUGCUUUUGGAAUGGGAAUGCCUAUCCUAUGCCUGUCCCACCAAUGUAUUUUGGAAGUAUACAACUUGUUUGGUUUCACAGAUUCGCAGCUGGAGAGGAAUUUUGCCCCAGGAUGAAUCAUACCUCAAGUCUCACUGUACCUAAUUAGAAGAUAUUUAGAAAAGACUUUGGACUUUAGACAUUAGCGUUGUUGCUGGAAUGAGUUAAGACUUUGGAGGAUGGAAUGAAUGUACAGAUGCUCCUUGACUUAGAAUGGGGUUAUGUCCCAAUAAACCCCUUGUAAGUAAAAAAAUAUAUAAGUAAAAAUGCAUUCGGUACCCUGAUAAACCCAUGGUAAAGUCAAAAAAUCAGAAGAUGCUUUUCAACUUACAGUGGGGUUAUUUAUUUCCUGAUAGACCCAUCGCAAAAUUUAAAAAUUGUAAGUUGAACCAUCAUAUGUUGAGGACAAUGUGUAUUUGGCACAUGAGAAGGACAUGAAUUUUGGGGGGCCAGGGGUAGAAUGCUAUGGACUGAACUUAUGUGUCUCCCUAAAAUUCGUACGUUAUGACCCUAGUUCCUAAUGUGAUGAGGAAAUAAAUGUUCAUUGUUUAGGCCACCCAGUCUAUGGUAUUCUUUUUGUAUCAUCUUGCACUGACUAAGACAGGCAUUUAUGAAAUACAGUUGCUCUGGCACUAAAAGGAACAAAUGAUAUGCAGCAGUAAGGAUGGGUGUUAAAAAAUAUUGUGCUGAGUGAAAAAUGCCAGACCCUCCCACAACAUAUCCUCUACGUAAUUCCAUUUAUAUGAAGUUCUAUCAUUGGCAGGACAAAUCUAAUGUAUGUGAUUGAGAUCAGAUCAGUGGUUGCUUUGGGAGUAUGAGGUGGGAUUAACUGAGAAGGGGUACAGGGAAACUUUCUAGGGGAUAGAAAUUCUCCGUAUCUUCCUCAAGAUAUUAAUUUGUCGAACCCCAUGGAACUCUACAAUUAAGACCUGUGCAUUUCACUGUAUGUAAAUGAUACCUCAGUAGUGUGAUCUAUAUGUGUGUGUAUAUACAUGUGUGCGUGUGUGUGUAUCUGUUCUUUGCCCUGCCCCCUUUCCAUUCCUGCCCUGAGAAGAUAGAAGACCUAGGAAGUAGAGAAUGCAGUCCCAUAGAAAGGAAGGCAGUCCAAAGGAUGGCCAUAAAAGAAGUCCUAGAAGGACUGAGAAGGAGAGUGGAGGGUUCCAGCAGGGACGUCUACAAGAAAAUGGUGGCCCAGAUGGAUGACUUCAUGAGGAAGCUGGAGGAAGUUGUGGGAAGUUAUACCAGGAAGUUAUUAAAAGGUGUGAGAAAGAAAACUAAGGAAAAAGAAAGAAAAGCAAUCAUUAACAUGAGGAGGCAGGGGGCAGUAAGGACAGGGGCAUGGUCACAGUACCCUACAGUGCUCGGCUGGGAGUAAUAUGUACAUAGGAUAAUGUAAACACUAUGUGUUAUUUAAUCCUACAAUUUGCAAUAUAAUUAUAUUGAAGGACUGCUGAGGGAGGGCUGAAGGAUGGCUCCUUGACCAUCAUGUGAAGUUAGUAGUUAAAACGGUUGAAUCAGAAGAGGUCAGGGUGCACACAUUACUUAGAAUCAAGAACAUGUGAAUGCCAGGAAAAAAAAUUGCUUAAAAAUUAUGUGGACUUUAAAUUCUAUCUACCAGGCCACAUUAGUCUUUUCCAGUAACAAAGUUGAACCCUCUAAGGAGAUUUCUAGGGCAGUUUGAAAAAGACCCAAAGCUGUUUACUAAUGUAGUUUAUUAAUUAAAGUGGCCCUGGAGUCACACACCACAGGUACUACAAUUUGUCAUGACAUUUGGCCCUCCAUGUCCAAGGGUUCCACAUACACGGAUCAACAAACCUCAGAUCAAAAUUAUUCAAAAAAUGAAAAUAAAAAAUAAUAAUGCAACCAUAUGACACCUUCCAGUUGCCUGACUGCCUCUUCACCUUUCCCAUGGGAACUCCAGCGUCUCCUUGGCUCAAAACGGACCCCAACAGCUCCUGCACCACUGGCGGCUGCUGGCCCUGUGCUGGCUCCUGCAAAUGCAAAGAGUGCAAAUGCACCUCCUGCAGGAAGAUCUGCUCCUGCUGCCCUGUGGGCUGUGCCAAGUGUGCCCAGGGCUGCAUCUGCAAAGGGGCAACAGAGAAGUGCAGCUGCUGUGCCUGAUGUGGGGACAGCCCUGCUCCCAGAUGUAAAUGAAGCAACUUGGAUACAAACCUGGAUUUUUUUUUUUGUACGACCCUGAGCCAUUUGCUACAUUCCUUUUUCUAUAAAUAUGUAAAUAACAGUA